AUGCUUGUUCAACAUUUUUUUCCUUCAACUUCAACUGCAACAAUCUCUAAUUCUUCUUUUUCUCCUUCUUCUCCUCCUUCAUCAUUGAUGAAAAAUAAAAAAUCAUCCAUUCUUUCUCCAUUCUUUAAUUCCGAAUCAACAGGAUUUCAACCAACAAUAGAACAAAAUAUUCGACUUGGUUGUAGUGAAAAAAUUAAAACACAUUUGUCAGCUUGGCCAAGUAAACUAACAUCAGUUAUGGAAAUUCAUCGACAACGUUUUUCACAAUUGAAUCCAAGAUUUAAACAACAACAACAACAACAACAUACAACAGCAACAUUUCUUCAUCCUAUUCAACAAUCUGUUAUAUGUCCAGUUAUUCUUCCAUCAACAACACGUCCUCAACCACGUCAAGAAGCACGUUCAAAACAAAAUCAACAACCACAUUUGCCACCAACACAAACAAUUCGACGACCAAAUACAGCUCAGAUCAAACAACAACAACAACAACAAUCACAAUCAUUAUCAGAUUCUAAUCAUCAAUAUAUAACAUUAACUAAUUUAACAAAAAUUUUACAUGUUCUUCAAACACAAGUCAAAAUAAAUGAUAAUGAUACAUCAACAGAUAUGAGUUCAUCAACUACAAAUAGUGCUAAACAACGUGUUCAACAACAUUUACAAGAUACAGCAACACGAUGGUGGAAACCAGUUCGUUCAUCGGAUAGUCAUACACAUGUACUACCACCUUCUUCAAUAUAUUCAUAUGGAACAUCUGCUACAUCACAAUUAACAUCAGCAGAUACUGUUCAACAACAUCAACAAGAACCUGAAAGUUUUCCAUUAAUUACAAUUGUUUCAAAUUCGACUCGACAAUUAAAUGUAUCUUCAAUCAAUGGUAAUGGAACUUCAAAAUAUGAUGAAUCCGAAUCAUCAACAGAAAUACAAACAACAGUUAUAGCAUCAAUUGUUCAACCACCUAAAACAGCAACUAAUACAAAACGUGCACGACAAGAACCAUUAAUAAUGCAAGCACGUGGUAUGCGUCUUCAUUCAUAUGAUCAUCAUUAUUAUUAUAAAAAACAGAAUAAUAUGAAUUUUCUACAACAACAACGUUUAAUUCGUCAAACAUAA